AUGCCUAGACUGAAAAAGCUCCCUGAGGCCUUCAAAAACAAGGAUAUAGAUGCCUAUGGUUCUGGGAAGGGAUUUGAAAGAAUUACCAAACAACUGGGCAUCAAUUAUUCCAUUGCGUGGAAGAUCAUCUACAAGUGGAGAAGAUUUCAAACAACUGCCAGCUUGCCGAGGCCAAGCUGUCCCAGCAAGUUCAGCCCAAGAGCAGAACGCAGGAUGCUAAAAGAAGUGUCUAAGAACCCCAGAAUUUCGACAUAUGACCUACAGGUCCCAGACCUUGCGCGUCGAAACGAAGGUGGUGGAAACGAGGGAGAUGGACCAUCCCUCGUGAACUUUUCUACAAGCCCGGCGCUAGACGAGGACCACAAGGAAGCCGAGGAGGGGGAAAAAGAAGAAUCCCAACACCAGAGGAUGCUGACUGAAACCAAUCUGCUGACUGAUAGUAGAUUAAAUGAAGAGUUGACUUUGAAGAUGGGACAUGAUACUUUAAUACAGAUUGUUGUGAUGGUGAAAUUAGUUCUAGGAUGCUCAGAGUGUCGUAUGGUACUCUCCAAUCCCACAGGAAUUUUUACCUCUCCUUGCUUCCCCAAUAAUUAUCCCAACAAUCAAGCAUGCAAGUGGACCAUCAGGGCCCCUUCUGGGUACAUCAUUCAGAUAACAUUUGUUGAUUUUGAUAUUGAAGAAGCUUCUGGCUGCACAUAUGAUCGUGUAAUUUUGGACACUGGAGACAAAGUCAAAAAAGAUCUCUAUUGUGGCAUGACUGCCAGAGGUUUAUCAUUUAAUUCAUCUAGGAAUGAAAUGAUUGUAUCUUUUAUAAGUGACUUCAGCAUCUCAAAAGCAGGCUUCAAUGCCAGUUAUACCCGAAUUGCUGUAUCUUUGAAGAAUCAAAAGGUUGUCAUUCCACAAUUUCUAGAUUCUGAUUCUGUGUCUCUGGCAAAUUCCAUCCAAGUACCAGAACUUAAUCAGUUCACCUUGUGCUUUGAAGCAACAGCAAACAACAGAAAUAACCAUGACUGGAAGGUUUUCUCCUAUGGUGAUUCCUCUGUGGAAUUCUUCAGCUUUGGAAAAACAAAAAAGGGGCACUUCAUUUUUAUCUCAGACACAGAGUGUUUUUUAAAUGAUGCACUUGACGUCGGUCUAAAUGAGGACUUCUUCACGGAAACGUUUGAAGAGCUUUGCAUUGUAUGGGAUAGCUUGUCAGGCACUGUAGGUGUAAAUGUUAAACAGAUGUAUAAAACAGUCCGUUGUUCAGAUACUUAUGGAAAAGUGAUUCCUGGUAAUGGGAAGUUGGUUCUGGGUUCUGACAGAGAUGACAUAAGCCCUCUAACUGGAGAUAUGUACAACUUCCGGCUUUGGAAUUUUACAAUGAAUUCCCAAUCACUUUUCAACCUCAGCUGUGAUGAGAAAGGCAACAUUGUUGACUGGGAAAAUGAUUUCUGGAGUAUUCCAACAACAUUUCUAAAAGCAGAAAACAACCUGAGUUGUGGCUCAUAUCUCAUUCUCUUGCCUACCGUUGAACCAACUAGCUGUGCCAGUGUAGGAAGCCUUUGCCAAGCUACUGUAAGUUCAACCACUUCAUCACCCACUGUUACCACUAACAUGCCUGAUACUAACAGAACCGAUAAAAUAAUGGAUGGUAGAUUAUACUACAGAAUUGACCUUACUGUCUACAAAGUGAAAGAAGAUGCAGAACCAAAUAUUCAGAAUAUAAUUAGUGAAUGGUUAAUUCACACCAUGGAGAAUUGGAAUUAUACUGUAUGUGUGGUCAGUAUAAGUAUUCAACCAAGUUCAGUGAAAAAUGGAUCAAGAGAAAAGAGAAACACUGGUCAUCAAAGUUUUGAGGUCCGUGCACUUUUAGCUUACAAUUCUACCAACAAUGUAAGUUUAGAAGAACAAACAAUUCAGAGGAAACUCCUAAGCAGUAAUAUCACAGACAACUUGAGACUCCAUGAAGUGAAGGUUCAUUCAGUUGAAAAUUGUGAGGCUCAAGAAUACCCUCAAAAUUACUCCUGGAGAGAAACUGGACCGAGAGAGACUGACACCACAGUCUGCCCUGGCAACCCUACCCAGAUUGCAUCAAGAACAUGCUUUCUAAGCCUGGAUAAUUACACAUCAUACUGGGGUACUCCUGAUCUUAGAAACUGCACAGAAAAUGCUGCUGAUAUAGCCAAUCAGCUACUGAAUCUUACAGGAGAAGGACAGCAGUUGACUUCAGACAAAGUCAAUGAUGUGAUCCAAAAACUAAAAAAACUUGUGAAUGAUGAAGAAAUCAAUGAAUCUUUGGGUUCUACUGUGAUCACAAUAUUUUCCAAUAUUUUAACUAGUUCUGAUAACGUAUUGGCUGCAUCAUCUUCUGAAGCUAUAAAGACAAUUGAUGCCUUGGCACUGAAGAUUCAGUUCACAGGUCCCUCCAUGAGCAUCUCAACCCGCAACUUAGCACUUGGAGUUUCAUCCUUGAAUACAUCUUUAUUCAGUGGAUCUUCCUUCAGUGUUGGUCCCCAGAACAAUGCUUCAGAUUUUAAGAUUGAUUUUGAUAAAAACCAAGAAACUUCCCUUGCUACUAUUACUUUGCCUCCAAGUUUGCUACAGAAUUUAAGUCAAGAAGAUCUUGAAGCUAUAUCCAGGGCUCAGUUCACUUUUUUCAAUAAAAAUGGACUCUUCCAGGAUACAGAAGUUCAUACCAAUUUAACGAGUUACGUGGUAGCAUGCAGUGUGGGGAAUACUACUAUCCGUGAUCUCAAGGAAGCUGUGAAAAUUACAAUUAAGCAUACGUUUAAGCAUGACAACAUCCAGAAGGCUCGUAAUACCACUUGUGUCUUUUGGGAUAUGAACAAGAACAGAGGCCAAGGUGGGUGGAAUAUUACAGGCUGCUAUGCACUUCCAGAGUCAAAUGAGAAUGAGACUGUCUGUCUCUGCAAUCAUCUUACACACUUUGGUGUAUUGAUGGAUUUGCCAGGAACAGCUUCACAAAUAGAUCCUGCAAAUACCAGAGUUCUCACUUUCAUAACAUAUAUUGGUUGUGGAAUAUCCGCCAUAUUUUCUGCUGCAACUCUUCUGACAUAUAUUGCUUUUGAAAAACUGCGAAGAGAUUAUCCUUCUAAAAUCCUAAUGAAUUUGAGCACAGCUUUGCUUUGCCUAAAUCUGGUCUUCCUCCUUGAUGGUUGGAUUGCGUCAUUUGACAUAGAAGGCCUCUGCAUUGCCAUUGCUGCCCUCCUGCAUUACUUUCUUCUGGCGACCUUCACCUGGAUGGCCCUUGAAGCUGUUCAUAUGUACAUAGCUCUAGUAAAAGUAUUCAAUACUUAUAUUCGCCGAUACAUAUUAAAAUUUUGUGUCAUUGGUUGGGGUUUACCAGCAUUGGUGGUCAUUGUUAUUCUAGCAAGCACACACGCAAAUACAAGUCAUAUUUACAACAAAGUUCUAUAUGGCAAAAAUAAUGAACAAGGUGGAGAUGAUUUCUGCUGGAUUAAAAACAGUAUUGUAUUUUACGUGACGUGUGUUGGCUAUUUUGGAAUCAUGUUCCUCAUGAACAUUGCCAUGUUUGUUGUGGUGAUGAUGCAAAUAUGUGGACGAAAUGGCAAACGGAGCAAUAGGACUAUGCGGGAAGAGAUCCUGAGGAACCUUCGUAGUGUUAUUAGCCUGACCUUCCUCCUAGGCAUGACAUGGGGCUUUGCUUUUUUUGCCUGGGGGCCACUAUAUUUUCCUUUUUUGUACCUCUUCUGUAUUUUCAACUCAUUGCAAGGUUUAUUUAUAUUUAUAUUCCACUGUGCAAUGAAAGAAAAUGUACAAAAGCAAUGGAGAAGACAUCUUUGUUGUGGAAGAUUCAGGCUGGCAGAUAACUCAGACUGGAGUAAAACAGCAACGAAUAUAAUAAAGAAGAGUUCAGACAAUCUGGGGAAAUCCUUAUCUUCCAGUUCUAUUGGUUCUAAUUCAACAUACCUGACUUCAAAAUCAAAAUCCACAUCAAACACCUACCAUAAAAGGAACAGCCAUUCUGACAAUGUUUUUCUUGACAAGCCUUCACCAAAAUACAUCCAAGUAGACACAGAGCAGACGUCAAUCAUCCCAGUUCACCAAGUCAUUGACAAAGUGAAGGGUUACUACAGUACUCAGUCAGACAAUUUCUAUAGAAAUAUGAUCAUGUCAGACUCCCUGAGCCACAGUACAAAAUUCUGAGUGUCUGGGCAUCUGGAAGAAGAGAAGUCAACAAACAGAAUGAAGAUUCUAAAUGUUGAACUUGGUGGCUGGCCGAAGAAAUAAUCUACCCAAGUGUUGUUAUCCAGUUAUAUAAAUUGUUCAGCGACAUCCUUGCUAUCUCUGGUUGGAGAAACAGAACAUCUAACUAAUUAUUUCCACUGACCCAGUAUGGAUGCUGACACUCUCUCAUCACAACAGUUCUCAAGCAUCUAUCAGUGACAUGUUAAUUAAUCCCAUCUGUAAUCUUGCAAAAUUAAGAAUAUUGUAAAGCCCAAAACUAAAGCAUGCUGUUAAGAUGUUGUAUGGAAUCCUACAUUCUUGGAAGUUUUCUGGUGUGUGUGUGUG